AUGAGGAUCCAACUACACCAUGCAGUGAUCUUAAUCGGCCUCAGUGUAUCAUGGCUGUCAGCCACCGGUGUCUGGGGCCAGCGGUUACGCCUCGAAGCCGAGCCGACCUACCCCAGCCUCGUCGACGGACACACCAAAGCCAGCGAAGGCAGCUGCGUGCCCGACGAAGCAAUGACCGAGGAAACCGUCUCGUCCGCAGUCCCAGCCGCCGCCGCCGCCCCCUCCAACACGGCCUGGACGCCCCCAGCAGCGGCAGUUGGUGAGGAAGUCGACCGCAUCGUGCCCAUCAGCGCGAUUCUCUUCGCCGGCUCGCCGGGCCCAAAGGACUGCCGCGGCACGCCACUGGUAAACGUCGCGCUGCCGAAGCCUGGGUCCGCGCACACGACACCGACAUGCUACAACGUGCCGGGCGUGGCGCAGUGCGGCAACUUCGUGGCGAACCAGAGCGACGGCUGCGAGGCGCGCGUCUUCAGCGAGCCGAACUGCCUGACGUUCUCAAACGUGGCCGCCUUUACGCCCGAGAAGAAGGCGUUUGGGGGAUACAUACGAAGCGUGGAGAUCGCGUGCGGGAUUGUGGGUGAGGCCCCGGCGCCACUGAACCUGCCUGGGCUGAAGUUGCCGCCGGAUGCACAGCAGGCUUUCGGAUAG